AGAUGGUAACGCUGAAUGUGUUUCCUCGCACAGGCUGUUCGCUGCUACGAGUCUCUCAUCCUGAAAGCUGAAGGAAAAGUGGAUCCCGAGUUCUUCUGCCAGCUGGGUCAUUUCAACCUCUUACUGGAGGAGUAUCCGAAAGCAUUAUCGGCGUAUCAGCGGUACUACAGUUUACAAUCAGACUACUGGAAGAAUGCUGCCUUUCUGUACGGCCUCGGGAUGGUUUACUUCCAUUUCAAUGCGUUUCAGUGGGCGAUCAAGGCGUUUCAGGAGGUGCUGUACAUCGACCCCGGCUUCUCUCGCGCUAAAGAGAUUCAUCUGCGUCUCGGCCUGAUGUUCAAAGUCAACACGGACUACGAGUCCAGCUUAAAGCACUUUCAGCUGGCGCUCAUCGACUCCAAUCACUGCUCUUUGUCCAAAGCUGAGAUUCAGUUUCACAUUGCGCAUUUAUACGAGAUUCAGAAGAGAUACCGCGCGGCCAAGGAGGCCUGUGAGAGUCUCCUGCAGACGGAGGAUUUACCUGCGCAGGUGAAGGCCGCGACCUUACAGCAGCUGGGUAAGAACAUGCCUCACCAGGAACACCUGUGUUUGCUCAUGAUCUGUGCUCAGUUCUGUAACCUCCAACACAAUAGUCUACAGAGUAAAAGUAAAAUGCUUCCUGGUAUUGAGGAAGCCUGGAGCCUCCCAAUCCCAGCAGAGCUAACGUCCAGACAGGGUGUCCAGAGCACAGGCCAGCAGGCGUGUAAAGCUCAGCCUGGGUCGUCAGGUGGGGCUCAUGGCUCCGGUCAGUCGCUGCCCCCCCACGUGAGUCCGCUGGAUCAGGCUGAGGAUCAGUCCAGUCCAGCCAAGAGGAAGAGGACCGCCAGCCCAGCCAAGAGUUCUACAGAGUCUUGGACCCACAGUUCAGCACAGCCACCAGCUUCCAACUGGUAUCUGUCUCCUCAGAAGCUGCAGUUGCUGGAACAGUUGCGGGUCAACCGUGCGAGUCUGAAGCCGCUUCAGCUGCAGAUGUUGGAGCAGUUGGAGGCUCAGCUGUCAGCCAUGCACCAGCAACAGAUGAGGCAAAACUCUUCUGGGCAAAUACGAGCCACCCUCCCCAAUGGCCCCUCACUGCCUGCUCACCCUGUUCCUCGCGGCCCGGCCGUGCCACCGUCUUGUAACGCUCAGCCGUUAGCCAACGGCCCGCAGCCCCCUUCAGUCGGCAAUAAUCACACGCCAGGAACCAGAGCGAACGGAGACGUGCCUUACCUGCACCCCAACACACUACCUCACAACUGCACAAGCCCAGGAGACACAUGGAGGAGCCAGCGUCUCAACUCCGCUCAGGGGCUUCAGAAAGGUCCGGGUUCGCAUUGGGCAGGUCCUAAUGGAGACCGGAUUCUCUCUUCCAGUGCUUCAGCCGACGGCGGCCCUCACAAUCAGGUUGGACUUCCCGCCACGACCCCAUCGGAGCCAGCUGUCAAUCAUCUGUCCUCUCCUUCCUCCACGUCGUCCCCCGCUUCGUCCUUCUCGCAAACGGCUACCUCAGGUGCGCCCCACGGCACCGGCCCGACCAAAGAGAGCGCCGCCCUGCAGGCCAACGGUUCUACUGCCUCUAACCACCACAGUCCCGACCGCUCGCCCACUUCCACCUCCGGCUCUCCGGCAGCCGCUUCCGCAGACAAUCCGCAGCUCUCCGCUCUUCUCAGGAGCAAGGAGAGUCCUGCCGUGAGCUCGAGGGUGAGCCACAUCCACCCGGGCACCACGCUAACAGCGUCCACCGCUUCUUCGCCCACCUCGUCACUGCCACCCUGCUCCGCAGAGCUUAACAAGCCAGGCUCCUCCGCGCCGGGACCACCGCCCGCCGUCACCGUUAACGGGAGCGGAGGGGGAGCGUGUUCAGAAGACUCUCAGAGCCCGCUGAAGCUGGAGCCGCCGGAGCUUUGCAUUAAAACCGCCACAGCUCUCAAACCCUCUCUCUCGUCCUCCACCGUCUCCAUUUACCCCACUUCAGCAGACGUCCUGAAAGCCUGCAGGAAUCUCCGGAAGAACGGUCUGUCGAGCAGCACUAUCUUGCUGAACAAGUGUCCGCCGCCACGGCUUCCUCCUCCUCCGUCACCGCCGCUCGCUAAAGACAAACUCAACCCGCCAACGCCGAGCAUCUAUUUGGAGAAUAAAAGAGACGCGUUCUUCCCGCCGCUGCACCAGUUCUGCACCAACCACUCCAACCCUGUCACUGUCAUCCGCGGCCUAGCUGGAGCCCUCAAACUAGAUUUGGGCCUGUUCUCCACGAAGACACUAGUAGAGGCAAACCCGGAGCACCUGGUGGAGGUGCGGACGCAGCUGUGUCAGCCGGCCGAUGAGAACUGGGAUGCCAGCGGUCUGAAGAAGCAGUGGCGCUGCGAGAGCAUACGCUCCUACACCACCAUCUCCACAUACGCACAGUACCAGGCCUCGUCCUUCCAGGAGUCGCUGCGGGAGGAGCAUGAGAAGAAGGGCCAGAAAGAGCUGUCAGACUCUGAGGUGACGUCAUCAGAAAUUGUUUCCAGGAGGCGGAAAGGUCCUUUCAGACAAGUCAAGUUUGGGACGAACAUUGACGUCUCUGAUGAAAAGAAGUGGAAGCUGCAGAUGCAGGAACUCGGUAAGCUGCCUGCGUUUGCGCGUGUGGUGUCUGCUGGGAACCUGCUGAGUCACGUGGGGCACAGCAUUCUGGGUAUGAACACGGUCCAGCUCUUCAUGAAAGUCCCAGGCAGCAGAACUCCAGGCCAUCAGGAGCACAAUAACUUCUGCGCCGUCAACAUCAACAUCGGGCCGGGCGACUGCGAGUGGUUUGCCGUGCCGGAGCCGUACUGGGGCGUGAUGAGCGAGUUCUGUGAGAAGAACAACAUCAACUUCCUGAAGGGCUCGUGGUGGCCGAAUCUGGAGGAUCUGUACGAGGCUAAUGUGCCGGUGUACCGCUUCAUCCAGCGGCCUGGAGAUCUGGUGUGGCUGAACACGGGGACGGUGCACUGGGGUCAGGCCAUCGGCUGGUGCAAUAACAUCUCGUGGAGCGUGGGCCCUCUGACCGCGUAUCAGUACAAGCUGGCCGUCGAACGUUACGAGUGGAACAAACUCCAGAGCGUCAAAUCUAUGGUUCCCAUGGUGCAUCUGUCCUGGAACUUGGCGAGGAACAUUAAAGUGUCCGACCACAAGCUGUUUGAGAUGAUCAAGUUCUGUCUGCUGCGGACGCUCAAGCAGUGUCAGACGAUUAAAGAGGCGCUGGUGUCUGCUGGGAAGGAGACCGUCUGGCACAGAAGAAGCCGAGAUGAGCCGGCUCAUUACUGCAGCAUCUGUGAGGUGGAGGUGUUUAACCUGCUCUUUGUGACGAGCCACAGUUACUCCAGGAAGUCCUGCGUGGUUCAGUGUCAGGAUUGCGCUCGGAAGGCCAGCAGUGAGCUCGACGGUUUCGUGGUGCUGCAGCAGUUCAGGAUGGAGGACCUCAUGCAGGUUUACGACCAGUUCUCAUUAGCUCCUGCUCUGCAUUCGUCUUCAUCUUGACAUUAAGAUGCCGUACAUGUGGAGAAUAUCGCAUUACAGGAACUCUCUAAAUGGACCAUUUCUGAUAUUCAGGACCGUGGCGCUUGUCUCUCGUGUGGCUGGGGACCAUCGGAGAGCACGGGACCGUCGACUCAAGUGGCUGUGUGUGUCUAUGCAACCUGUUUAUAAACUGCAGCGUGUGACUGGCCUGUGGGGGGCGCUAGUGAGGAACUUCCCCUCUACACACCUCUUCCUGAACGGGCCGCUCGCCUCUGCUUCACGUGAGAAAUUAAUCACAAAAACUGGGGAGGAAUUUAUGGGAAACUGGUUUUGUACAUAUUGUCUGUCACAACCGGCAUCGUCGCUUACAGACUACUGACUUGAGACGUUCUUUUUGUAUUUUGUUAACAUGCUGAAACCUGAAAUCUCUUUCCUUGUGUCUCAAGGCUUCGCCUUCACGGAGCGCUAGCCUAGCUUUUUGUACGGUAGAUAGCGAUUUUACGACGACUUUGGAUGGCAAAAUCUAAAAAUAAAAAAAAAUAUUUGUAAUGUGAAAAAUUAGGUGAUAUAUAAUUUUUUACUGCUUUUAUGUUUUACCUGUCUUGUUAUUUUGACACCAUGUUGGAUAUUUUGUUUCUUAGGUAAGAAAAAGGAAAAAAACUGUGGAAAAAAAACAUAACAGCCAAGUCACAAAGAAAAAUGGGUUGCACAUAGAGUAAGGAAUAAAUGGUCUGUUUUUUGUUUUUUUUCCUUCCUUGUUUGUUUCUAAUCCUGAUGUACAUUUACACUAUUUAUAAAUACAUAUUUAUUGCUUGAAGAUAUUUGUGGAUGGAAUGCUGUUAUUUUUCCCAGAGUACCUGCCAUUAAAUUUGAAGGAGUUUGGUCAUUUAAACUACUCCUGCAUUUUUCUAUAUAGAAUUAAACUGCUUAGUAAGCAUUGUACAGAAACUAUAAAAUUGUUUUAUUGUUUGAAGAAUGUUUUGAGUUAUUAAACAAGUUGUCAACGUUUUCAUGCACUUGUAUUGAAUAUGUGCCGAAACGUGAAAAUCCUUCUUAGCCUCUUAAAUCUUUAUGAAAACAUUGUUCACAAUGAUGCAUAUUGUUUGACCGCACAUUUACUGUUUCUGUACAUGGAUUGUAUAACAUCGAAUGUUUUUUCACUCUCGCACACACUCACACACGCACUCACUCUCAUUCACUCA